UCGAUCAGGUACUCAGUUUAUCGAACAUAAUUCAGGAAACUUGUCGCUCAUUAUCGUGUAAUCAUGAACUUUUCGGGUUGUGCAGUGUUUUUUAUUUUUUUCAUUUUUCAAAUCGAUUCUGAGGCCUCACCCCAGAUAACGAAGUUCGCACCAGUGGAAGAUUGGAUAGCCUUCAAGCGUCGCACAAGUGACAUUAAACCUCUGGAUAAAUUCCUGGGAAAACUCCGUGCGACGUACGAUUUUGUAUUCCACAAGCCCGAAAACGUGAGCGACUUGGCGAAAAUUCUGCCGAGUGAUGAGCCCAGGGUUCCGUAUACAGAGCCUUACAAAUUUAUUUUAUCCAACUCCCAAGAGAACUCGGAGAAUAAAAAAGUGGCGACUGAUAGUCCUGUGUACGUGGAACUACUUGCGGAUGAGAUGUCCAGGACAGAAUCUUCAAUAUCCAGAGUCUCCACUGAUUGGGGAGAUGAGGGGGUUGUGGAGCCCUUGAGUGAAUUGGAAUUACUCAGUGAUAAUGAGGACAAUAUCGAUGGUUCUGUCGAGAGAGUCUACCCUCGCCCGAGCUUUCAAUUACCCACUGCUAUUGCCACGGCUUUUUUACGAUGGCUCAGUUCAAUUAUUGGAUUUAUUCAUGGACGAUUCUGAAAAUCACUAAUUCAACUGUAUAAAUCGUUAAAAAUUAUUGCUAAACCAUACCUAUUUCAUUUCUAUUUGAUUCAUUCUUCUCCACUUAAAAUAAACAUCUGACAAUUUUUA